GGGAGCUCUGGGAAACCUCACGUGGCAUUCUGUUGAAAGGACUGGCCUCCACCAGUACCGUCAACUGGCUUGCCGUACGGUUAUCCACAUGAUGCAUGGUCUCACCCGCACGGGAACCUGAGGGUGACACUUGUGAGUGGUGUGUAUGGGGUGCAGCAACGACAGGCAAUAAGAGUGUGGUCGGAACUUGAGGUGUGUCCUCGAUCUCCAGCUGAAGGGAAUGACCAAACUAGCAACCCUGUUGAAUAUACAAGCACUCUUCAAUAGAGACAUAUUGCUGAUAUCAAACCCGAUAAGGGGAACCCCACUAGAGAGUAAGAGUUGCCUAGCAUCACUGAAAUGUCCAACAAGGCAGCCACGACCGAAUAACAUUCAGCCCAUAUAAUAGGACCGAGCUUGUCUGCUAGGAAAAAGACCAGACGACACACAACUGCAACAUCAGAAACCAACUUUAAAACUAAACUUAUCCAACACGGCUAUGGAUCCGUUACCAUUACCAACAAGCCUCGCCGAGGUGGAAGCAUUGAUCCGAGCGCUCUAUCAGCCAAACCCCCCUGAAACCAUCUCCAGAAUACAAGAGGUUCUUCAGCGACUUCAGAGGUCACCGGAAGGGUGGCAGCUUGCCGAGAGUCUCAUUGCUCACCCAGAAGACAACAUCAGGUUUUACGCCGCGCUAACCCUGAUUGUCAAACUCAACCGAGAUAGCGCUGGUCUGAAUGAAGACGAUGCCAAGCUUCUUCUUGAGAACAUCAUCAGCUGGACCAUCCAGUCGCUGAGCGACAGGGCGGCUCCCUUCGUUACCAAGAAGCUGUGUUCGGCGCUCAUUACCUACUUUGUACUUUUCUCCCACGUGUGGCCCGCCUGCGUUCGUCAUUUUAUCUAUUGCCUGGAUCUCGGCAGAGGCGUGCCCGUGGAGAAUCUAGAUGAUGCCUUGUCGACAGAUAUCCUCGUGGGUAAUCUGGAUAGCCAGAAGCUCAAGGUGGCUAUUUGGUUUGUCACGUCGUUGGUGGAGGAAGUCGGCAAGACCGACAUGAACUCGAUCAAAUAUGCAGAAGUCCACCAAAGACUCGCCAAAAACGGCCAGGACGCCACUUGUCUCCUCGCCCGCGGCUUUGCUCCACCUAUUGACGAGGUCGGGCUCAAGACUCAGGAGGAAACACUGGCAUGCUUCCAGGCUUGGAUCCUUUACGCCCAACGAGCGUCGUCCGAUGUAGACCUGUUGGUGACACCACUCCGACAACUGGUUGAUCCAGCAUUGCAAUGCUUCACCAACGAACAUCUUUUUCAAGCUACCGCCGAGCUCUUCAGUGAUGUGCUGCAGAACUACUCGGGUUUCUUCACCAAAGCGCACUAUGACGCGCUUUCUUCUUUCUUUGAAAGCCAGUGGGCUGCGAACCACUAUCAGCAAGUUCUCCACGGGAACCACCGCGAGGAUGGAAUUUCUUUUGGACUACUGAUGCUAGCCUAUGGCGAUGCCCAGGUGCAAGCCUUGCUGGAGGGUACAGAUGAGCGGUCUCAGAGAUUCCUGGAAAGCUUAAGUGGGCUUCUUGCCACUGACGGGUACUUGGUCGGAGAUGACGCCAUCUUCGUGCCCGCCCUCGAGUUCUGGUCAACCUUCAUUGAAACAAUGAUCGACUGCACCUUCUCGGACGGGGAUCAGUCACCUGUCUGGAAACCAUAUGCUGAACGGCACCUUAAGGCGGUGGUGACAAACAGCUGGCGCAAGAUCCAGUGGCCCUCAACAGAAAUCUUUGCUGAAUGGGACUCUGCUGAGCGUGCUGCAUUCUGUGACGCCAGAAAGGAUGUUGCAGAUAUGCUUCAGUCAGUUUUCACCCUCGAAGGUCUGGAUCUCAUUUCUUUCUUCGCCAACCUCUUCCUUCAAGCGCUCGCCUCACAGUCGUGGGCCGAGCUUGAGGCCACGGCGUUCUGUCUUGGUGCUCUCUCCGAUUGUAUCUCUGAGGACAGCAAGUAUGAUGCCGAGCUGAGCAAGGUCUUUGCUUCUCAAUUUUUUGACCUUCUUGGUCAGGGCCAAGCCGCCGUACCACUGCGCCUCCGCCAGACGGGGCUGUCGUUGAUCGAGAGGUACUGCGAGUACUUUGAGCGCCAUGCAGACUACCUGCCGAAUGCCCUGAAUCUUCUCUUCGCUGCUGUGGGGGACUCUGUUCUCGGUGGCCCUUCGGCACGGUCGAUCUCUACCCUUUGCUCUUCGUGCCGUACCAUUUUGACUGGCGAGGCGGGCACAUUCAUCAGACACUACCAGGACAUCCGUGGAAGACAGGUGCUUGAUGCUCUAGCCGAGGAGAGGAUCGUGCUUGCCGUUGCCUCCAUCAUCCAGUCCAUCACGGACGAAAAUGAGAAGCUGCAGAAAUUCGAGGAGCUUUACACGAUCUUCAAGAAGGACUUUGAGUUCGCCGUCCAGCUCAGAUCACAGCCUGGCUUGGUGGACCUGACAAACCCAAAUGUCCUGAGGGGUCUUGAUCCCCCUAUUCCCUCAUCUCUUCCACUUGUGGAGGGCAUCUCCCUCCACAUUGCACUUCGGUCAAUGAGGUGCAUUGCCAGCAUGUCGAAAGGCAUGCAAGAUGUCAAGGAGUCUCCUGUGGAUUUGGAAGACGAAUCGCAGGUUGCCAGAACAAGCGAGAAGCUUGCUGCGCUACAGGCCGACAUUGUCAGCCUUCUCAUAGGUGUUCAACAGGUUUUCAGCACUACAGGAGAGAUUGUAGAGAUUAUCUGCAACAUCCUGCGUGCUGGGUUCUCAGAGACGGAACCAGGCCCAUUUGUCUUCCCUGCUGACAUCAUCACCAACUACUUUGUUCAACAGCCGUUUGAGACGCCUCGGAUGGGAACGCUUCUCAGCACCGCUUGCUCCUUUGUGGGGUCGCUAUACAGAGGGCCAAAGGCGAUUGUGCCGAAUCAGCUCGUCCGCCUGGUGCCAUGGGUCAUUGCCUUGCUUCAGAAGCUCCCAGAACCAGAAGCAGACACGGAAAUCUCCCAAAACGGCAUCUGCCUCAUCGACAGAGUCCUGUCCAAAUACCCCGAAGUCCUCUUCCAAGUCCAACCGGGGCAGAUGCUCGAGUUCUUCUUCAUGUUCACGCUCAAAGUCCUCAACGGGAAGGAACCCCUUCCCAAAACUGCCGCAGCUGACUUUUGGAGCAACUUUAUAACCCUUAAACCCCCCUCCCCAGACCUCGCCUCCCACGUCUCCAACGCAAUGUCUUACUUUGGCCCGUUGUUGGCGCAAACGUUAAUCAACAAUAUUGGCGGGAAUGCUGCCAGAUCAGAGCUGGAUAAACUCAGUGAACCGCUCAAGAAGCUGGUUACUCAGCAGGUUCAGGCGCAAGCUUGGCUGGAGGGGGCGCUGACGAGGACCGAUGAGGGGGGGAACGGCGGCGGUUUUCCAAGUGCGGCGGCGGAGAGGGUUAGCAUGGCUGAGAGGGCGGCGUUUUUGAAAAAGGUGGUUGGUCUGAGGGGGGCGAGGCAGACGAAUCAGGUUGUGAGAGAGUUUUGGUUGCUUUGGGAGUAG